GACUAUACUUGAUAUUUUUGGAUUAAUUUAUGCCAUAGACAUCUACAACGUUUGAGUUCAGAAAGUGAUUGAUUUUUGUUGAGACAUUUCAUCCGACUCCAAAUUUCAUCGGUCCGCUCAUCCUUGUCUUCACCGGAUCCGGAAAUGAGUCAUAACUCGUCUCAGAAGGCCCAGCGUCACCCCGAGAACAGAGGCGUACUGAUCCUAGGGGCGGGGUACGUGUCCCUCCCUGCUGUGGAGUAUCUGGCAAAAGGCAAAAACAUAGAAGUCACUGUGGCAUCACAGCUCCAAUCUGAGCUGGACAAUCUACAGAAAUUAAACGUCAACACAACGCUGAUAGAUGUCCAGAGGAAUUACGAAGAACUUGAGAAACUGAUCUCCCAACAAGACAUCGUUGUCAGCCUCCUGCCCUAUGUCUUUCACCCUGACGUGGCCAAGCUCUGUAUCAAGUUCAAGAAGAACAUGGUCACCGCGAGCUACAUCUCACCGGCUAUGCGCGAACUGGACGCCGCAGCCAAAGAGGCCGGAGUCACCAUCGUGAACGAGGUAGGCGUCGACCCAGGAAUCGACCACAUGCUGGCCAUGGAGUGCUUCGAUAAGAUCAAGAAUGCUGGAGGGAAGAUCUCAUCCUUUGAGUCUUGGUGUGGAGGAUUACCUGCACUCGAAAAUUCCAACACGCCCCUCAGAUACAAAUUCAGCUGGUAUCCCAAAGGAGUUUUGAUGAACUGUUUGAGUGGUGCUAAAUACCUGAAGGACAACUGUGUGGUGGAGAUUCCAGGUAAUGGGGGCCUGUUGGACGCUGUACAGGAUCUGGACUUCAUGGCCGGGUUUGACUUCGAGGGUUUCCCCAACGGAGAUUCAACUAUGUACAUUGAUGAAUACAACAUCCAGUCAGCUAAGUCUGUCAUCAGAGGAACAGUUCGCUACAGGGGGUUCUCACACAUUAUGCAGGGUAUAAUGCAGCUGGGGUUACUGAAUCCAGAUCAAGUGGCAAACCUCCAUCCCAAUGGACCAACGACCACCUGGAAAGGAUACAUGUGUGAACUGUUCGACAAAAGCCCCGACUUGUAUGAGGACAGUCUGAAGGAUCUAGUGUUUGAAAAAGUAGGACGCUCAGAGAGGAGGCUGAAGGCCAUCGAAGAUUUAGGGUUAUUGGACGAAGUGCCAAUUGACAAGAAGGGAAGCCCGAUAGACACAUUGUCCAAUUACCUGUCCAAGAAACUAGCCUUUGCUCCGGGGGAGAAGGACAUGAUAAUGAUGCACCACAAUGUCGGGGUCACAUGGCCAGACAAAUCCCAGGAGAAACGGGUCAUCAACUUUGUCUGCUACGGGGAGGAAAAUGGCUACUCCGCCAUGGCCAAGACCGUCGGACUUACCACAGCCAUAGCAACUAAGAUGGUGCUGGACGGUGAGAUCCAGAGAAGAGGGGUGCUAGCUCCAUUGACCAUGGACAUCUAUCAACCCAUCCUGUCCCGUCUUCGCAGCGAGGGUUUACUCGCGGAAGAGGAGAUUAAAUCCUCGUAAAAAAAACUAGGGUAGAUCAUAAAUGAGUGUGUUAUUUUAAGGGUAGAUCCAGCAAGGAUGUGUGAAUCUUCAUAGAACAAAGGACUCCAAACGUUUAGGUCAAAGGACACCAAUGUUUAGUGUGUGGGAUGAAAGACAGAUUUUAAGAUGAUGUAACCAAUUUGCUAAAGUAACAGUGGUUUGUUUUUUAAGAAUUGGUACAAAUGUGUGAAAUUAAACAUUGUUAUCAAUCUGUAAAAACCUUGUAAAGGAGUUUCUAGUUUCUUUGUUUAAGAGGUGUUUUAUAUAUAU